GUUCUCGAAUAGUUCACUAGCUCUCUCUCUCUCUCUCUCUCUCUCUCUCUCUCUCUCAAGCUUUUGCAUAAUAAAUAACACUUGGACAUGGCUAUUUCUUCCCAAAUAACCAUUUUUCUUUGCUGUGCCUUCAUUGCUAGCCUUUCAUUUUGCUCGGUUGCUUCUGUACCUGAGCUUCAGCGUUUAAAAUACCAGCUAAGUAAAGUUGAUGAUCAUGGAUCACUCUUGAGCUUCUUGGUUGUUGGCGAUUGGGGAAGACGAGGACUUUAUAACCAAUCCAAAGUAGCUUUGCAGAUGGGCUUAGUUGGAGAGAAACUGGACAUAGAUUUUGUCAUCUCAACAGGAGAUAAUUUUUAUGAGGACGGGUUGACAGGUGUGGAUGAUCCAGCAUUUAAGGAAUCAUUUUCCAAUAUCUAUACAGCCCCAAGUUUGCAAAAGCAAUGGUUCAGUGUUUUGGGCAACCAUGACUACAGAGGGGAUGUCCAAGCACAAUUGAGUCCCAUCCUCAGGAAAUUGGAUAAAAGAUGGCUUUGCUUGAGAUCAUUCAUUGUAACUGCAGAAAUGGUAGAUUUCAUCUUUGUGGACACCACCCCAUUUGUAAAUGAGUACUUUACAAAUCCAAAAAAUCAUACAUACGAUUGGAGAGGUGUUUUACCCAGAGAAAAUUACCUUCAAAAUCUCUUGAAGGGUUUUGAAUCAGCACUGCGGCAAUCACAGGCAAAAUGGAAAAUUGUAGUGGGUCACCACACAAUCAAGAGUGCUGGACAUCAUGGUAUUACCAAAGAGCUUGAAGAACAGCUUCUUCCAAUCCUCAAGGAUAAUCAUGUUGAUCUUUAUGUUAAUGGACAUGACCAUUGUUUGGAGCACAUCAGCGAUACAGAGAGCCAAAUCCAGUUUUUAACAAGUGGAGGUGGCUCAAAAGCAUGGAGAGGAGAUAUAAAAUGGUGGAAACCAGAGGAACUGAAGCUGUAUUAUGAUGGGCAAGGCUUUAUGUCUGUGCAAUUGAAUGAAGUGGAGGCAAAUAUCGUAUUCUAUGAUGUCUUCGGCCAUGUUCUGCACAAGUGGAAACUCUCUAAAGAGCUUGACUCGGAUGUGUAGAAAAAGAAACUUCUCUCACUUAAAAAAGUAACUAAUUUUUAAUAGUUAUAUAAAAUACAAAGUAUGGUGAAUAAGGGGAGUUUGAGAGAUUUAUGAGAGGAAAAAUUAGACAGAUUAAAUAUAAAAAGCAGCUCAUUGCUCUUGGACUCGAUAUUAUUUGCAGUGAUUACCUUAUUGAAUGGGAAAAAAGAAAAACACUCUUA